AUGCUGGCAUAUGCUGGAUCCGGUCGUAGCCAUGGGUGCGAGUGGACGGGAGUCUUUGAUGUGGAUGAGUAUCUGACCAUCCAAGCCCAGGAGGACGCUGGUAUCGAUCUUCUAACAUUUCCGGCCUCACUCCCCUUCGCCCUCUCCCGCCUUCUCGAUGCCAGAACUCAGGAAAACCUACCGGUCUACCGCCUUCCGUGGGUCGUGAUGGGUUCUGACGGAUACGAGAAACGCAACCCAUCCGAGGGUUUAGUCAUCGAAAGCUCGUCGCAGGGGUCCUACGAGCCGUGGAUGCUGAAGACUUUGGCGAGGACAGACGUGAUCCGGGACUGGCAAUUCUCGCACUGGCCCAUGAUAAGGGAAAUGAGAGGCGAUGAUCCUUGGCAGGUACCCGAACCUUUCAAAACUUUAAAGGAAUAUGUUGAACGGUUGUGGUCGGGAGCGGACGAGGGCCGCACGUAUUUUCUCCACGCCAUGGAGGACCCCGGCGGCACGACACCACCAGGCGCAGGGAUGGAAGAGAUAGCUUGCUCCGCCCCCGUGUCCUCCUUGUACUUGAAACACUAUUUCUAUCGAUCCUACGAGGAAUGGGAGGCACACAGAGGCGCAUCGUUCUUGAAGUCGGAUGGGGGGGAGAACACGCAUUUCUAUCAUCUCCGCGCCAAGUGGGAGGAAGGGGAAAAUCCGGACGUGUUCAGGGCUUCUUGUCGGAAUGCAUAUCAGCACAACUUUACUGUAAACAUAAUGACACCUCUUGUCCGCCAGACUUUGGCAUUUCGACGACGCCAAUGGGGUGAGAGACAGGAUGCAAGGGGAAAAGACGAUGGGGAAACAAAUGCGACGGCGUGGAGGCCUUUUCCACCCGUUGAGGCCUGGGUAUUGUGA